AAACUUUCGAAUAGCGGAGCACCAAUACCAAUCAAAAAGAUGACAGCAUCUACUAUCAAAGUCGCGGUCGUUCAGCUGUACCCGAAGCCUCUUGACUUGGAACACAACUUUAACCAAGCAGCUAACUUCAUUCGGUCUGCCGCUACUCAAGGCGCUGAGCUCGUUGUACUACCAGAGUACCAUCUCACCAACUGGUUGCCCAAAGACCCGUCUUUUGCGGGGCUGUGUGAUCAAUGGGAGACGUAUUUGAAGAAAUAUCAAGAGUUGGCGAAAGAAUGUGGGAUCUGUAUUGUGCCUGGAACGAUCGUCGAGGGGCAUAGGGGAGAGGAGAAAGAGGAAGAUCGGUUGUUGAACGUUGCGUACUUCAUCAGGAAUGACGGGAAGAUUGCGGGUAAGUAUGUCAAGAAGAACCUGUGGGGUCCGGAACGCGACCACCUUACCUCCUCAACCACGCACCCCCACGAAGUCUUCGACACGCCGAUUGGUAAGGUUGGCAUGCUAAUCUGCUGGGACCUUGCAUUUCCAGAAGCCUUCCGUGAGCUCAUUGCUGCUGGUGCAAAGAUCAUCAUCAUCCCUACGUUCUGGACGCUGAAUGAUUGCAACAAAGAGGGUCUGGCGAGGAAUCCAGCGUCUGAAGCACUCUUCUUGGAUAGUAUAUUAACGGCGAGGGCGUUUGAGAACACGUGUGCGAUUGUGUUUGCGAACGCGGGAGGGCCGCCGGGGAAGGGAUAUGCUGGGCUGAGUCAGGUCACAGUACCUUUCGUGGGCCCUCUGGCGAAGUUGGGCAGUGCGGCUGAGGGCAUGAUCGUAGUUGAUCUUGACCUGCAGACGCUGGAGGAUGCAGAAGCCAAUUACCAGAUCAGAAGUGAUAUCAGUAGGAGCGAUUGGCACUAUGACUAUAGGCACUCGAGGUUGGACAACCCGCACUCGGCAGACAACGAAGGGACGUGGGACGAGCCGGUUCGCAGAGACUAGACUUUUGUGUACUCAGAUAGGAACCCUGGGUCUCUAAGAACACUACAAAGUGACCGGUG